GGAAGUCUCUCCACCCAGACGGAGCUUGAACUUGCGAAGAGCCGCUUCUACAGGGGGUCUGUCAUCUCAGCUGGUCUACAUGGCACCCAAGAAGAAGGAAGAGCCCAAACCUGCUCCCCCUCCCAAACCCCCAGAGCCUGAACCCCCAAAGGAGCCAGCAUUCGACCCUACAACUAUAACGCUUGAAUUCACAGCUGAGCAAAUUGAAGAUUUCAAGGAUGCCUUCCAGCUGUUUGACAGAACCCCAACAAAUGAGAUGAAGAUUACUUACGCUCAGUGUGGAGAUCUGAUCCGGGCCCUCGGUCAGAACCCGACCAACGCUGAGGUCAUGCAUGUCCUGGGCAAGCCCAAGGCUGAAGAGAUGCAGACAAAAAUGAUGGACUUUGAGACGUUUCUGCCCAUGCACCAGCAUAUCUGCAAAGCCAAGGACCGAGGCACAUUUGAGGACUUUGUUGAGGGGCUGAGGGUGUUUGACAAGGAAGGCAAUGGCACAGUUAUGGGGGCGGAGCUUCGCCACGUCCUGGCAACGCUGGGUGAGAAGAUGAAAGAAGAUGAGGUCGAGCAGCUCAUGGCUGGACAGGAGGACGCCAACGGCUGCAUAAACUAUGAAGCCUUUGUAAAACACAUCAUGGCAGGGUAAACAGCUAAGGGAUUCAGUAUGACUGUUGACUGGAAAGUGUUUAUAUAAAACAACAUCCACCCCUACACUAAGGGGGUCUGCCUCAGUGGCCAUCCUGGAAAUGCUGCUGGCUGUGGCCACAUUUUUAUAUUUCUGUCCUUCUGGUUGUCCGAGAACAACUGCAGUGCCACAACCACGUUUCUUACAUGGAGGGAUCAAACAUUUCAAUAAAAGCUGAAUAACUGAAUAA